AUAUUGGUGACCUGGCCGAGUCAUCGACGUGAGGCGGAGCUUAGUCUGGCUGUGUUUAUAAACCAGUACCACAGCCUCUCUGAAAUCUCGGGCUCAUUCAACAAGUGUGUUACAGGACAAACGGGAUCAAGAUGUUGGGAGUGAAGCUGAUCAUUUUCUCCUUAAUCGUGAUCAAGGUGACAGCGAAUGAAAUUAAAAUGGAGUGUCGUGAAUUCUCUGGUAUCCCUCCUUCCAACCUGACCUCUCCAUCUUUACUGGCAGACUUGAAAGUUGAGCUGGUGACAUGGGAAGGAAUGUAUAUGCUGAACAUAAGCUGGGCAAUAAACAUUGAUGGUAGUAUUGAAUAUCUGAAUGCCACUCGCAUUCUCACAGGAAGUCUUGCAGUACCAUACCAUUGUGAAUACAACCCACCCUUGGCCACGGCUAACAUCACUGGGUCAAAGCAGAUAUGGUUUCAUUAUUUGAUAAAAACCGUCUCUGGCUCUGAAGUCAUCCAAGCUGCCAAUAUCCCUCUGGCUCCAAAGGGGAUCUGUUACAAAGGUGUUAGUAUUACAGUGCCUACUCCAAAACCCUAUGUGAAAACAAGAACUACUCAAGUUCCUCCAGUUUAUUCUACAGCCUCAGGCUUGGGACAGGAAGCAGUCCUCAACGGUGCCGACCUAACCAGCAUAGUCAUUGCCACUUUUGGAUGCCUGGCCAGUUUGAUAGUCCUGAGUUGCUUCUACAUUAUCUGUCGCUUUGGGGCCAAAUUAGCGAUUUCAUCGUGCUUCAAGGGUUGUCAUCCAUCUCCCAUGUUACCUGUUCCUGUCCUUGUGGUGUAUCCUGCUGAGAAUUCUGCCUUUCAGAGGGCAGUGGUGGCCUUGGCAGAGUUUCUUCAGUGGCAAGGUGGCUGCUGUGUUGCUGUCGACAUUUGGCAGCAGGGCAAGAUCGCAAAGCUGGGGCCAAUGCGCUGGUUGACAGAACAGGCCAAAGCUGCUAAUCGAGUGCUCAUUGUCAGUCCACAGGUGGAACUUCCAAUUUCCUAUCCCAGCCACCUUCCAAACGACUGCUUCCCAACACCCUCCAUCCCAGCUUCAGCUCAAGACCUUUACCCCUUGGUUCUCAACAUGGUGGUGAGCCAUGCAAAAAGUUCCAGAGACUUGGCUAAGUUCUGGGUGGUGCAACUAGGCGACCAGCAACAGUACAAGAGGUGUGGUAAUCUGGUGCCAGAAUUAAGGGCCUGCAAGACUUUUUGUGUGAUGAAAGACUUGAACAAGCUGUGCAUGAGUCUUCAUGAGCACGCGCAGGAAAACAAGAGGAUUUCAACUCAGAUCUUAAAACCAGGGAUAGUUUACAGUGAAAAGAGUGUCGAGACCUUAAGGGAAGCUGUAGAGAUGAUAAAGUGAUAUCAGCCCGCUUACUCAGAGAGGCAGAGACAUUGCAGUCUGGAAUAUUAA